GUUCAGUUCGAGUCGGUACCUUGGCCAAGUCACAUGUUUCAUAGCUGUGAGUUGCAAGUUCGCGGAGACUUCAACGAGCGUCGGUCGGUGGUUAGUUCAAAGCUCUAAAAGGGCACACGUGAAAGUGAAUGCAGCAGCAACUUUUAUAGAUGGCGACUAUAGAGAGGCCAUAACAGAGAGUAAAACAGAGCCUUUGGUGUUUCGAACAAUCCCGACCUCAACCACAGCAGCAGCAGCAGAAGCCGUGUACGUAAUCGCGGCCAUCGUUGUUGUUUAUUACAAGUGCAAUUACAAAGCCCACCACCAUGCCUUUGCUGCCGAUGGCGUAACAGAGAGCGAAAGUGCGCAAAACUUCUUGGCCAAACGCACCUCUCCGGCUUGAAAAAAAACACCCUGCUCUAGUAUCUAGUCACAACCCGAGAGCUGGCCGCCGAAAUCAGCCCGAAAAUGCGCGUUGGCGAGGACGAGCUGCCCAGCCUGGAGUACAUCGAAGAUCCGUACAUCCCGAAGCUGGACAACUGCCUGACGCCGUCGUUGGACGACAUCAGCGAGUACAACGUGGAGGAACUGCUCGGCGAUGAGCAGAACUGGCCGGAAGAAACCGAACAGUACCUGCGGUCGCUAACGCUGGACCAGAUUCUGGGCGUUUCGUCCGACGAAGACAUCGACCCGGAUCCGGACGGGUUCCUGGAGAUGCAAACCGUCGAGACUGAAUUUAGCCCGCAACUUAGCGAUUCGAGGGGGAACGGAGCGUGUGGAGCGACGAAUCUCAGAUCGGUUGAACCGGGUGAUGGAGUUGGGGGUGCGGUGAUGAGGAAUCUGCUGGCUCAUCGGUUGUUGAAUGGGCGGCAAGCCAGCAAGCUGAAUCAGCUGUUUAGUAAAAGGCGCAUUCGAGAUGUGCGGGUCACGUUUAUCGACUUUUCGAAGCCGUACCUGGCGCGGAUAUCCAGCGGGGACAACUACAAGAGCUUCCUGAACAUUGGGAGUGCAACAGACAAUUCUGGCAAAUUGUCCGAUGCAUCUCCGGUCGGAUCGGUCAGCUCGGCGGAGAUCGCCCAGGAGUUUUCCGGGCUCACCGUGGAGGAACAGGAAGCGCAACGGGCCGAGUGGAGUCAGGAACUGGCCCGCGUCGAGGAGGAAAUCACCACGCUGCGCACGGUGCUGCAGUCCAAGAUUCGGCACGCGAGCGAGCUGAAGCGCAAGCUCGGCAUCACGGUGUGGAAGGAAAUCACCGACGACAUGAGCCAGGGCAUCAAGAACGUCAAGGAGAGCAACGUUUAUCAAUCCGUCGAGACAAAAGUGGGCGAAAUUACGACAGCAGUUACGAGCGCUCCAAUCUACCAGAAAACCGAAACGGCCAUCAAGACGACGGCCGGUAAGACGACCUCCGUCCUCGGUGGCUUCACCAGCAAGCUGACCGGCAAGAUCUCCGAGAUGAAGCAGUCGGACUCGUUCCGGUCGUUCGAGGAGCGCGUCGGCUCGGCCUACGAGAAUGUUAAGUCUAAAGUAUCCUCGCGGUCCAGCUCGGUGCAGAGUCUGUCGGAUCUGCAGAACGAUGAGCGUCGCAGCUCGGUCACGACACCGACGGCGAUCCCCGAGGAGAAAACCGUUCCUUAAUGGGUUUCCCACUGGAAGGUGGCCCCGCCCCCAGCAUAUUUGAAUUCUAAUAUUUCUCAAAGACAAAAAACAAAAACCAACUUUGAGUGGGUGAAGAUUUUUUUUAACUAGAAGUGAGUUAUUUCGAGGGGAAAGGAAGAAUUCAACAGUUGCAAAUUUAUUUACUAUUAAACAUAGACAUGCGCUAUAAGUUUUUACAAAAAAAAACGAGAUAUUUUUCCUUUCAGUAUAAAACAUAACUCUGUCUCAUACAAUAUGAACGUGUAUCCUCACAA